AAUCCACUUUUAAUUUUACAGGGAAAGGGAUGUCCUUAUUCACAUGACAUACAGCCACAACGGAAGAUGGAACUUUGCAAAUUUUAUAUGAUGGAUUGCUGUGCAAAAAAGGACAAAUGUCUAUACAUGCACAAAGAUUUCCCAUGCAAACAUUAUCACACGGGUGUCAAGUGCAAAUCUGCUGAAAAAUGCAAGUUUAGUCAUGAUCAUCUUUCUGAUGCAGCUCGUAAUGUUUUGCUCAAGCACAUUGAAUUAGCCCCAAAAGACAUACUCGGUGACUUCCCUCGCCUUACUAAAGAAGCUGCACAACUGGUGGUGGCAAUUACUGAAGCACAUCGCAGAGGAUCCCCAAUGGAUGUUGAAAGUAUUCCUGGUGUUAUGGAAAUAAAAGGCAGAGGCUUCAAAUAUGUAGACAAAGCCAUUAAGAGGCAAGAAGCACGAAUGAAGAACAUGCAUAAGGAGCAGCAGAAUGAACAUGUGAGAGGAGAGAGAGCAAUGACCCCAGAACUUCAACAUCAGCAGGUGGACAAGUUAGUGCACCACAAGUCAGAGGACAUGGAUAUCAAGUCUCCACCUGGACGCAUGCGAACCCCACCACCAAGAUGGCACUACCCAGGUUGUGGCCCUGAGGAAAUAAAUGGAUACCAACAGUUCAGCAAAGAAUGGGUAAAUGACUACCAUUACUUGCAAAAAGAUGAAGACAUGAUCAAUGGAGAACUGCCAAAACCAGGAGCAAGUAAUAACAUGAGCGACACUAGUCCAAGUACCAAAGCCAGUAUGAACACUAACAUUACCCCUGGCAGUUCUAGUCAAUCUGGGUCAAGUGGCAAUAGAAAACUGGGAGGUUUUAUGACGGCUCGAAUGCCUCAGAAGCAACGCGAACUAUUUCAGCGGAUUGAACAGCAGCAUUCAGUCCAUCACGACCAAGAUGAUGCAUUAGUGGAUGGAGGGAUGGAUGAUGCAUCAACCAGUGCUAAUGUUAAUUGGUAUUCCAGUGAUGAGGAUGGUGAUGGUGCCUCACUCUCAAAAGCACAAGGGCAGAAUUCAUCUCAUCUGACUAGCAACUUAUCUCCAAGUAGAACACCUCCUCUUCCUAUUCAAGCUGCCACCACACCUCCAUCGACUAGCAGCCUUACUUCUUCGGGACGACAAGGGAACAGUCCUUCUGGCACGCCUUCUACGACACCUCCGCAGAAGGGUGCCUUCUCUGGCAUCAACUUGGACAACAUCAACAUCUCUUCAGACCUGGCAAGUGUUUUGUCAGCUCUAAAGAAUCAGAAUGCUGCUAGUACUAAUAGGUAAGCUUUUUAUGAUACUUUGUUUU